ACCUCGUACUAUUCUAGCUGCCAAAUCCAAUCAGGCCUUUUAGCGAGACUCAAAUGUAAUAUUGUGGCGCUUGGGUCUGCCCGUUAAUUGACGGACCCCCCGCCGCACUUAGGAAUAAUAUUGAAAUAUACAGAAAAAUGUAGUAGUUGUGUAAGAAUUGAGAAGUAAAGUUUACCCUAUGGUAACAAGUUCCACUGUCAUGUCCAAACUCCAGUCGAAAUAGCCGCUUAAGGUCCUCCGUCUCCUCUACGAUCUUUCUUCUUUCUCCCUUCAAGGUUUUUUCUUUUUAAUCUGUUUCAAUGGAAGCUCAAAAUUUGCUUUCUGGGUUUUUCCCAAACUACAAAAUUCCAUUAACCCGGACCUCUAAAAAACCCUUCUCUUGUUCUUUACCAUCAAACCCUUCUUUUCACUCUUUGCUUCAAUCCCACAAUUGCGUCUCCUUCAAAACACACUAUUCACCAUGCUUUAAAGGGUCUUUGAAGAAGAUAUUUUUUUGUGUAAAUGCUUCAGAAAAUGCUGUUCUUGAAGAGAAAGAUUACAAGAGGCCCCAGGUUGUUAAAAGGAAGAAGCUAGCUGUUUUCGUCUCUGGUGGUGGUUCAAACUUUAAGUCUAUUCAUGAUGCUUGCUUCGAGGGGUUAGUUCAUGGAGAUAUUGUUGUUUUGGUUACGAAUAAACCUGAUUGUGGAGGUGCAGAGUAUGCAAAAAAUAAGGAAAUCCCUGUUGUUCUGUUUCCUCGAACAAAAGAUGCUACUGAUGGGUUAUCUCCUAGUGACCUUGUUGCAGCUCUUAGGAGUCUUGAGGUUGACUUUAUUCUUCUGGCUGGAUAUCUCAAACUUAUACCAGCUGAGUUGAUCCGAGCAUAUCCCCGAUCCAUAUUGAACAUCCAUCCAUCACUGCUUCCAGCUUUCGGUGGCAAAGGUUAUUAUGGUAUGAAGGUGCAUAAAGCAGUCAUUGCUUCAGGAGCCAGAUACUCAGGGCCAACCAUCCACUUUGUUGAUGAGCAUUAUGACACGGGGCGUAUCCUGGCUCAAAGAGUUGUACCUGUGCUUGCAAAUGACACUGCAGAGGAGCUAGCUGCAAGGGUACUCCAUGAGGAGCAUCAGUUAUAUGUGGAGGUAACGGCUGCAUUAUGUGAAGAACGUUUAAUUUGGAGGGAAGAUGGUGUCCCUCUCAUCCAAAAUAGGGGAAACCCCAAUGAAUACAGCUAACAUAAUCAAAUAUGUUUCGCUUAUAGGUUGUAUCCUGUUGAAGAGUGUGACAUACAUGCGGAUAUUUUGACAACAGCAUGAUAGGGGAUGUACUUUCUAACUAAGGUUGUCUUGACACCCUUGAUUGCAUAGAAAAUGAUGUUGAUUUCCUAGCGUUUCCAAGCUUUGCCCAAAGCUUACAUGGUUUAUAAAAAUCUAUCUCUUCAUAAAAAUGAUAUUGACAACAGCCAAAUGGUUUUGCUUUAUGGGUAUGAUGUCAAAUCUGAUGUAAGGAUGCAUGUUCCAGUUCUUUCAAUGGCCGAGAGUUUUUUGACACUGGGCAGUCUAGACACUUGAGCUACAUGGCCUUGGCUAACAUCUUAAAAAAGUUCCUUAAAAUAGAUCUAUUUUUAUAGCUUUCGGAAA